AUGCGGUCCUUUGCUACCCUCCUUCUCUCGGUGGCGAUAGCCUCACAGCACGCACUAGCAGCACCCACGCCAGACACCUCGGCAUCAGAACCCCUCAUCCCAUUGGUCGUCAGGGAUGCCCAUCCCGAGGCUCACGAGAGUGAUGCCUUCACCGUCAAGCAGGUCAGAAAUGAGGGCUUUGUACAACCUUCCGGCCUCGAGGCCCUCAUGCAUGCCUACGCCAAGUACAACGCUACGAUACCCAACGACAUCAAGCUGGCCGUCAAGAUUAACGUCCAGGUCCAAGAAAAGCAGCAAAAGAGAGGCAACAUGUGGGGGACAGCAGUGGCAUACUCGCCUGGUAACAGCGACUACGCCUACCUCAUCCCCGUCCAGCUCGGCAUUCCUGCACAAACAAUCAACCUCGACCUCGACACUGGCUCAGCAGAUGUCUGGAUGAUCACCAACGAGACCCCGUCAAGCCAGGUCAAGGGCCAGCAGGUCUACGACCUCCGCAAGUCGAGGUCGGCGACCAGGCUCAACGGCUUCUCCUGGCACAUCGGCUACGGCGACGGCUCCGGCGCCCGCGGCAACGUCUACUACGAGCGCAUGGCCAUCGGCUCCGCCUCGUACGCCCGCCAGGCCAUCGGCUCCGCCACCUCCAUCUCCGCCUCCUUCACCAACGACCCCAACAUCCCCGGCCUGCUCGGCCUGGGCUUCAAGAAGGGCAACACCAUCAGCCCGCGCCAGCAGAACACCUUCAUGGACAACAUCGCCCGCAGCCUCGCCUCGCCCGUCUUCACCGCCAACCUCAAGCACGGCACGCCGGGCAACUACAAUUUCGGCUACGUCGCCGGCUUCGAGUACACGGGGGCCAUCAGCUGGGGCGGGAUCGACCAGAACUCCAUCUACUGGCAAUUCUACGUGACCGGGUUCCAGAUCGGCUCGGGCGGCCGGUUCAAUAGCCUCAUCUUCCCGGCCAUCGCCGACACGGGCACCUCGCUGCUGCUGCUGCCCGACAGCAUCAGGAACGCCUACUACGCGCAGGUCCGUGGCGCCGGCUUCGACAGCUACUGGGGCGCCGUCGUCUUCCCCUGCGGCUCCUUCCUGCCCGACUUCCGCUUCGGCCAGGGCUCCUACCGCGGCUUCAUCCCGGGCCGGUACAUGAACUACGGCCAGAUCAACGCCACGCACUGCUUCGGCGGCAUCCAGAGCUCCGGCGGCUUCUCGUUCGCCAUCUUUGGCGACAUCGCGCUCAAGGCGCAGUUCGUCGUCUUUGACUAUGGCAACAAGCGCCUCGGCUUUGCGAACAAGAGGCUGACGUGA